CGCACUCAAUACUAAAAACAGAUGGCUUGAUCACUCCAUCGUCAACAAGGCAAACAGCUUAAAAAUUGCUCAAAUAACAAACUUCCCCUUUUACUUCACUUCAUAGUUCAUAUGCUUUCUUCCCAAGUUAAGAAUUUUAAACCCAACAUUGAUUGUUCGUUAAAAAUUGGGUCUUUGACUAAUUUUUGAACAGCAUAGAACAAUUAAACCUAUUUAUUAGGUGGGUUAUCUUGGGAGAUUUAGACUUUGUUAAUGAAAAAUGGAGAAUGGAUUUGAAACUCUGCUGAGAGUGUCAUGGAUAGCAGCGAUUUUGCCCAUAUUAAUUGCUUCUUUACCAUGUUCUCUUCUCAAUCCUUUUCAUCAUACUCUUCUUGUUUUUGCUGGUCGUGGCAAGAUUUUGCAGUCUUCUUCUCGUUUCAGUAAACUCACAGUGCCCCAGAAAUUUUUCUCUCAUUUCUAUGUCUUCGCUGUGGUAUGGACAUCUUUUUUGCUUCUCACAACUUGGGUAUAUGCACAUAAAAUUGGAUCUUUGGUUUCCGAGUCGACAUCUCAUUCUAGUGUUGCCAGCUUCUUGACUGGAGGUUCACAUAUUCUAUCUAUUCAUAAAACACAAUCAACUUCACCAGAGCACUCCUUCUGGGUUUGGCGAUCAGUCUUUCUCCUUAUUUUGAUGGAAAUUCAAGUAUUGUGGCGCUUGUAUGAGUCACUAUACGUAUUUAACUACAGCGGUACAGCUCGUAUGCAUAUCUUUGGAUAUUUCACAGGUUUCUUCUUUUAUACAGCAGCACCGUUGUCCUUUUCUUGCUACCGUGCACCAGAAGCGAUCACAUUUGUAGCAAACAUAAUGGCCGAGUUUACUGUGAAAGGAAAGAAUCAUAUGCCGCCUCUUGAAGUUCAAUGGUUUGAGUAUCUUAGUCCUCUCUUCAAGCUCGGUUGGUUCCAGUGGAUUGGAGCAGCGACUUUUUUCUAUGGUUGUCUUCAUCAGCGUCGUUGUCAUGCCGUUCUUGGGAAUCUGCGGAAAGUGAAGGAACAAGCCAGUGAUUACAAAAUCCCGCGUGGUGACUGGUUCGAUAUUGUCUCGUCUCCACAUUAUCUUGCUGAGAUUGUUAUGUACGGCGGCCUUGUUGUUGCUAGUGGAGGCCUCGACCUGACUGUUUGGUUACCUUUUGCAUUUGUGGUGGCUAAUCUUGUGUUUGCCGCGGCAGAGACACACCGAUGGUAUCACCACAAAUUUGACAACUAUCCGAGCAAUCGCUAUGCUAUUAUUCCCUUUGUUUAUUGACAGUUAGCAAAGUGUUAGAUUUGUACAUAUAUGAAUAGUCGAAUUAAAGAGCAUGUUUUUUGUUUAAUGGUGGUUUUGACAUGGUAAUUCCUGCGCUCCUAUGUCCUUUUCUUGAAAUAGUGAAGCAGAUUAAAAAGGUCAAUUCUGUA